AUGGGUCCCACAAUGAUUACCCCUCCUACUUUCUCCACAGUUGUCACUUCGGAAACUUAUACUGGAUAUGUACAGGGUUCAUCCGGGCCUUCGCCGGCAAUGACUAUACGAAAUGAAGCGCAGAUGGAUGUAAUUAGCGAUCCGGAACUCACCAAGCCUACAGAUGAUUGCUGGUCCUUAAAACAAGAAAUAGAAAAGGCAGUGCGAUCCGGAAAGCUAUCGCAUCUAGUCAAAGAAGUAAAGGAAGGAAAAUCUUCGGGGAAUUCGGGAGAUAAUCCGAAUAAUCAACCGGCGAUUUGCAUGAUCAGAAGGGCGAACAACCAAGGCAUCAAGCGAUCCAGUCAGCACAUGGCCGCUUGGAUGCAGCAACCCAUCGGUUUUCCUCCCAUCAGUCCGGCAGAAGUCAAGGACGGACCAAUCAUAGUGUCCGCAGUCAUAGCGAGUCACAGGGUUCGAAGGGUGUACGUCGACAGUGGAAGCGCCACAGAAAUCAUGUAUGAGCAAUGUUUUCAACAGCUAGCUCCACAGACAAAGGCGAAGUUGAUCCGAGUAUCAAUGCCAUUGGUAAGUUUUUCCGGAGAGGUGGUGCAGCCUUUAGGGCAGAUCACUUUGCCAACAACAAUGGGAGAAGGAAAUCUGGUUCGAACCGUCAAUCUAACGUAUUUGGUGGUGGAAGCAAGGUCCGUCCAUAAUGUCAUAUUAGGAAGACCCGGUAUGUGCGCCUUCGGAAUUAUCAGUUCUACCAUACAUGGAGCGCUAAAAUUCCCUACUGAAGCAGGAGUAGCAACAUUGUACUCCGAAUCAACAAUCAGCGUAGCUGAAAUACGACAGAGUAACGGUGAUGACGAGCCUCCAAAUAUUCUUACGGAAGAGUGGGCUAUACACCCACACUUCCCUGACCAGAAAAUUGCAAUCGAGGUCCAACUUCCCGAACAAACCAAAAAGAAGUUGUGGAAGCUACUGUCCAAUUCACUCGACGUAUUCGCCUGGCAAACCUCCGACAUGGUUGGAGUUCCUCGGUGUUUGGCCGAACAUAAAUUAAAGGUGUCGCAUUCAACAAAACCGGUAGCUCAAAGAAAAAGAAACAUGGCCCCAGCUCGUAAUAAGUCCAUCUCCGAAGACGUACGAAAGCUGCUGAGUGCUGGUAUUAUAAGGGAAGUGCGGUACCAAACAUGGGUCUCCAAUCCAGUAAUGGUAACGAAGAAGGACAAUACCUGGAAGAUGUGCGUCGAUUUUUCCGAUCUGAACAAUGCAUGCCCAAAGGACUGCUAUCCUUUGCCAGAGAUAGAUUUAAAGAUCGACUCCCUCUCUAGUUUCCGUCUUAAUUGCUUCCUAGAUGCGUAUAAAGCUUACCAUCAAAUUCAGAUGGCUUCGGAGGACGAGGACAAGACCGCAUUUGUAACAAACGAGGGUCUCUUUUGUUAUACUAAAAUGCCAUUCGGCUUAAAAAACGCCGGAGCCAUGUACCAGAGACUAAUGGAUAAAGCGUUUAAAGAUCAGAUCGGAAGAAAUCUAGAGAUCUAUGUUGAUGACCUGGUCACAAAAAGCCGGGCCGAAGACGACAUGAUAGAUGAUAUACUCGAAACCUUUACCAGGCAUCGUAGUAUCAACCUCAAACUCAAUCCCAAAAAAUGCUCUUUUGGGUUAGAAGAAGGAAAGUUUCUUGGUGUAUGGAUAACCCAGUCCGGAAUUUAG